ACGCGAUUCCUAUCACAAAUAAAACAAAAUUAAAAACAAAAAUGAAUAAAAUAUAUACACGCGUAACAUUUAUGGUUUCUGGCUUACCUUCUGUUACGUUCUUCAUCAUUUGUAUUAAUGAUUUGAUUUGAUCAAUUCACAGAUCCGAAAUUUCUGAAUAAUUUUAGCAGAGAUUUUUACGAUCUUUUAUGCAAUUGGAGUAUUAUUGCGAAUUGUAAUUCAUUCAUAAUCUGGUGUAAGGCUUGGUAAAAACAGAAGUUUUUAGAUUUGGAAUAGAGAUUAGAGAUCAUGAGCGGAGAUGCAGAACCGAAGCUUGACGAUGAUCAAAUUGCGGAGCUUCGUGAGAUUUUCCGGUCAUUUGAUAGGAACAAUGACGGAAGCUUAACGCAGCUUGAACUUGGCUCGUUGCUUCGAUCAUUAGGAUUAAAGCCGAGUAAUGAUCAAUUGGAGGAUUUAAUCCAGAAGGCAGAUAGGAACAGCAAUGGAUUGAUUGAGUUUUCGGAAUUUGUGGCUUUGGUUGCGCCGGAGCUUAUAUCGGCCAAGUGUCCGUACUCUGAGGAACAGCUGAAGAAGAUUUUUCAGAUGUUUGAUAGGGACGGUAAUGGUGUGAUCACGGCGGCGGAGUUAGCGCAUUCUAUGGCUAAAUUAGGACAUGCACUUACACAAGAGGAGUUAACAGGGAUGAUCAAGGAAGCUGAUAGAGAUGGUGAUGGUUGCAUUAGCUUUGAGGAGUUUGCUCAGGCGAUGACUUCCGCUGCAUUCGAUAAUUCCUGGACAUGAAACGCCUUUUCUUUCUGGCGAAAGAAGAAAAACAGACUUGAGCUCGAACAUGGACCAAUUUCAAUCAACGAUGGGAAUGUUCCAAAAUGAGUUCAUUGCUCAACUUGGUUUUUUCCAAUUUUGCCAAUCUCAUUAUUUUGUUUUUGUUAAUUGUUUUUUUCCUUUUGUAGCUAAAUUUUUGUAGCAUAAUCCGUUCAUUACAGUUUACAGAAAUGAAAUGCAUUUUGAAGGAUGCAACAGACCUUCAAUCAUAUGAUGCUUGGUUUAUUGAAA